AUGCAAUUAAGAAUAACGAUUAUGAAUAAAAGCAGUGAUUUCCAACUGGAUGUUUAUUCCUCUGAAAAAGUUGCUAGUCUUAAAAUGAGGAUUGAACAGAUUCAAAAUAUUCUGUUGGAAAACCAAACCUUAGUCUACAACAGUACUGUCAUGAAAAAUAGUACUCUUAUUUCGCACUAUGAUAUCAAGAGUAACACCUGUAUCUAUUUGAUAGAGGGAUCUGGAUCUGAAGCUUUCAGAGUAGACUGUAAAAAGCCUGAUGGUGAGAUCGUAGAAUUGAAAGUUGACCCGUAUACCACCAUUUACGACAUCAAGUUAAUGAUUGAGGCUCUGGAUAAAGCAGAUCCUUGUCACCAAUGUAUCACAUACAGAGGAAAGACCCUUGAAGAUUCAAAACUUGAACAUGGACUAUGCUAUAAGAACCAGACGCUUAUCUAUAACUCCAUUGAAAUGGAUGAAACCAAACCCUUCUCAAGCUAUAAAAUGCAAGAAAAUGAUAGAAUAUACUUGGUAGAGGAUACAAACACCCAAUUCGUUGAUGAAAGUUUUGAGUUGACUAUCAAAGAUCUGACACCCAAAACUUAUAAAGUCAUGGUUCACCCAAAGGAUAAAGUUUUCAUCCUAAAAUUAAAGUUACAAGCUUGCUCCGGGUAUUUUCACGGCCUUCAGUGUCUUUUGUGGAUGGGCGAUCAGCUCGAAGAUUCAAGAUCCAUUGGAAAUCUUAAUUUAAAUUCAUCUUCGAUACUUAGCUUAGUGCCAAGACAGCUUAUUAAUACGUAAAUGCCUCCUAAAUUUAUCAGACGUCUAAAACAAAUUUCUAUAUUCUCUG